GGCCGCUAAACUCUGAAAGCUGCAUGGCGUCGCCGGAAUCCUUGGCUUCCCGCUGGCCAUAUGGCGUACCAUUACUCUUGAUCUUCUUCGUUGCAGCUUCUUUCUACCUCUCCGUAGCUGAAUAUAUCGCCUACAACACCACCGCCGGGAUUGUCACCGGAAAGCUCAACGUUCACCUCGUUCCCCACUCUCACGACGACGUUGGCUGGCUGAAGACCGUCGACCAGUAUUACGUUGGGUCUAAUAACUCCAUCCAGGGCGCAUGCGUGCGCAACGUUUUGGAUUCAGUUGUUUCCGCUCUUCUGGAGGAUAAGAACAGGAGGUUUAUCUAUGUUGAGCAGGCGUUCUUCCAGCGUUGGUGGAGGCAACAGAGUAAUGCCGUUAAGAAAAUAGUAAAGAGACUGAUUAGCUCGGGACGAUUAGAGUUAAUAAAUGGGGGAAUGUGUAUGCAUGAUGAGGCGGCUCCGCAUUAU